CGCGCUUCAUUUUAUUUUGCUUGCUUCCCAACCUAUCGCCAAAACACACCAACGCGCCCCUCCCCCCCCCCCACUCCAUACACACACGCACGCACACGAUGUCUGAGUUUGACGUGUUCCUGACGCACGACUGGGGCGUUGACGGCGAGGGCCGCAACAACCACGAUCGCGUGGCCAUGGUGAACACGAUGCUCAAGGCGUAUGGGUUCAACACCUGGUUUGACGAGGAGCGGAUGUCAGGCCACAUCGUGCAGCAGAUGUGCAAGGGCAUUGAUGGGUCCCAGGUCGUGCUUGUGUUUGUGACCAAGCGCUACAUCUCCAAGGUCAACGCAGAACACGAUGACAACUGCAAGAAGGAGUUCAACUACGCCGUCAUGCGCCGCACUACCACCCGCAUGAUCCCCAUCGUCAUGGAGGAUGCUGCCCUCGACACCCGCAAGUGGGAGGGCCCGCUCGGCAUGGAGCUCGGCUCCCACCUGUACGUGCGCAUGACCUCGGACCGCCACAUGCGCGACAACCUGGAGGAGCUCGUGGAAAAGCUCGACAAGCUCGGCGUGAAGCCCAAGACCGGGUCGGCCCCGACGCCUGCUCAGCACGAGGCCGCCAAGGUGGUUCCUCGUGAGACGAGCUUCGUCGACCACGACGGCGAUGCCAUCGCGUUCCAGGUGACCCCAUCUGGCCUGAGCAAGUUUGUGAACAAGCAGUUCCGCAAGGCGGUGACGCGCUUCGACUACCGCCCCAUCGAUGGCGACCUGCGUGACCAAGACGGCUGGGGCGGCAAGAUUGCCGCCAAGGACCGCUCCCGCGUGAUCAAUGACCUGCGCCUCAUGUGCGCCGAGCACGGCGUGCGCUUCCGCUCCUACGAGGCUGUGGCGUAUGUGGACAAUGACGGCGAUCGCGUCAUGUUCUGCAACUCGCCGGAUGGGCUCCGCAAGUACGUCAACGGCCAGUUCCGCAAGAUUGUCAAGAGCCUGCGCUACCGCAAGAGCGACCACGACCUGCGGGACCACGAGGGCUGGGGCGGCCGCCUGCCUGCCAAGGACGCCUCCGUCAUUAUUGAUCAGCUCGCCAAGACCUGCCGCAACAUUGGCGUGCGCUUCACCACCGUGUAAUCGCUCUCCCUGCCGUUUGCGAUCCGUGCUCUCUGUCGACCUUGCUGUGUGUAUGUGCGCGGACCUUGUGGUUUUGAUCGUGUGCGUGUGGUUGAUGGUGUGGCAAUCGCAUAAUUUUGAUCGUGUGGUGUGAUGAUGUGGUGUUACCAUGCUUUUCUUCUCGUGUGUGUUUGUGUGUUUGUGUCUGUCUGCCUUCCUACGUUCUUUGCUGUUCUCUAUCCCCCUAACCCCGCCGUUUACUUGCUUCCCACUCGCGUGCAUGCGUGCAUGCGUGCAUGUGCAUGAGGUGGUGGCUUGCAUGCCUGCUUCACCCUCUGUUUUGUUCACUGACUGCUUUGCUCGUGUUGAGAUCGCAAGCAUUGCACGUCGUCAAACACAAACAAACACCACCAAGUGGAAGA